UUGACUGAUUAUGCUCUGUUUUCCCAUCUUAAGGAAUAAGACACAGAGUUAAAAAUGAAUCUGGACAGGGUCUCCUUUCGUGGACUGCACUUCGUGGAAUGUUUUUUUCUCAUGACUCUGCUGGGCACCAACUGGGCACUACCUAAAACAGACCCACCUGUAGAUCCUGACUACCCCUUCCUAUUCAUGUGGAACGCUCCCACAGAACUCUGCGAGACCAGAUUUGGCGUGGGUCUCAACCUCUCCCACUUCCAGUUAGUGAGCAGCACUUUGAAGUCUGCCACCAACCAAAGCAUCUCCAUUUUCUACACUGACCGUUUCGGCCUCUUCCCCUAUGUGGAUGAGGACACAGGGGAAAUGUAUGACGAAGGCCUUCCUCAGCUGAUUGAUUUCCAGGAACACCGUGAGCAGGCCGAAGAUGACAUUGAAUACUACAUCCCCGAAGACCAACCGGGCCUAGCCAUCCUUGACUUUGAGGAGUGGCGACCACAGUGGGUCCGGAACUGGGGCAGCAAGGACAUCUAUCGAGAUCUCUCAAUUGAGACUGUGAAAACCAAGACCCCAACCUUAUCCGACGACGAGGCCGAAGACAGAGCCAAGAUAGUGUUUGAGCGAGCAGCAAAGCGAUACUUUCUCCGAUCUCUCUUGGUUGGGAAGAGGCUAAGACCCAACAGGCUUUGGGGAUACUAUCUGUACCCGGACUGUUACAACUACGACUACAACCAGGAUAUGAGUGAUUAUUCUGGGAGUUGUCCUGAGCUUGAGCAAGAGAGGAACGAUGAGUUGAUGUGGCUAUGGAAGGAGUCCACUGCUCUUUAUCCAUCCAUCUAUCUGGAGCUGAUCCUGAGAGAUUCCUACCAAGCCCGCCUAUUUGUCCGCCACCGCAUUCAGGAAGCUAUGAGAGUAUCCAUGCUCCCCAACCAAAGUUACGCCAUUCCUGUCUACGCCUACAUCCGCCCAGUUUUCAAAGACAGUGGUGAUGACUACAUGUCAGAGUAUGACCUGGUGAACACCAUUGGGGAGGCAGCUGCCCUGGGAGCGGCUGGGGUGAUCUCCUGGGGGGACAUGAACGUCACUGACUCAGAGGACUCCUGUUUCACUGCCAGACUCCACCUGGAGAAGAUCAUGAAUCCAUACAUCUUGAAUGUUUCCACAGCAUCGCGGCUGUGCAGUGAGGCUUUGUGUCGGGCGAAUGGUCGAUGCAUAAGAAAGCACUGGGACAGAGACGACUACCUACACCUCAACCCAUAUACCUUCCAGAUCAAGAGAUAUAAAACAGGCAAUUUGGCUGUGAAGGGUGAAAUGUCCCAAUAUGAGAUUGACUGGUUUGCUGACAGAUUUGACUGUUUGUGCUACUCUGACAAACCAUGUCAGUCCUCCAUUACUCUAAACUCCUUCCCCAACUUUGUCCAAAGCAAUGGAACUCCCCAAUACUUCCAACCGUUUGUCAUUCUGACUUCUGUCUACAGUAUGUAUGUUUUUGUAAUGAUGUGCAACAUCACAGGAAGCUGGUGA